AGUAGUGUUGGGGGUUUGGGCAGUCCCAUUCUGGUUUGGUGAGUUUUGUGAAGGAGCCAGUGUGUACACCGUACACAGGUGCAAAGAGAAAGAAAGAGAAAGAAGGAUCGAGAACAGAAGCAGAAAAACCAAUGGACGGAGAAGAGUGCCAGCGGUGACGUGUGUCCAGCUGACAUCCACCUGAAAACUGGAGUGACACGUCAGCGAUGGUGUGCUACAGGAGGUACCUUGGCAGCCAACGACAGACCACACAGAACCUGACGGACAACACCAAGGCAAAGAGGAAGUGAAGAUGAGAACGUGAACCCCGUUAGUCCAAAAACGUCGGCAGAAGAACCAAAUCGCCCAAGAGGACACAUUCAGUCAUCCUCCAGGCCACAGCUUUAAUUGGAUGUUUUUGUCAGAAUGACAGCCGAAGAUCCUGCUUCCUCUUCAACCAUGAGCAACAAUACUGCCCCCUCCAAGCUUUGCAAAUCCACCGGUGCCCCCCACCACACUCUCCUCGGACAGAUCAACAUUCCGGAGGGUGUCGCAGGCACUCCCAAUGAGGCUGCACUGGUGGCUUUGAUGGAGCGCACUGGCUACGGUAUGGUCCAGGAAAAUGGCCAACGCAAAUACGGGCCCCCUCCCGGUUGGAACGGCCCAUCUCCACCAAGGGGAUGUGAAAUUUUCGUGGGCAAGAUCCCAAGAGAUGUUUAUGAGGACGAGCUCGUUCCCGUGUUCGAGUCUGUGGGACGCAUCUAUGAGAUGCGCCUGAUGAUGGACUUUGAUGGGAAGAAUCGGGGCUAUGCUUUUGUGAUGUACACUGAGAAACACGAAGCCAAACGGGCUGUGCGGGAGCUCAACAACUACGAGGUGCGGCCCGGACGGCUCCUCGGGGUCUGCUCCUCUGUAGACAACUGCCGUCUUUUCAUUGGCGGUAUCCCCAAGACCAAAAAGCGUGAGGAGAUUCUGGAGGAGGUCUCCAAGGUGACCGAGGGCGUGCUAGAUGUGAUUGUUUACGCCAGCGCUGCAGACAAGAUGAAGAACCGUGGCUUUGCCUUUGUAGAAUACGAGUCGCACCGUGCGGCCGCCAUGGCCCGCAGGAAACUGAUGCCUGGACGCAUUCAGCUGUGGGGUCAUCAGAUUGCGGUGGACUGGGCAGAGCCAGAAAUUGAUGUGGAUGAAGAUGUCAUGGAGACUGUGAAAAUACUCUACGUCAGGAAUCUUAUGAUGGAGACCAGCGAGGAAACAAUUAAACAGGUGUUUAGUCAGUGGAACCCAGGUUGUGUAGAGCGAGUGAAGAAAAUCCGUGACUACGCCUUUGUUCACUUCACAUCCCGCGAUGAUGCCGUGCUGGCCAUGGACCACCUGAAUGGAACAGAGGUGGAGGGCUCCUGCAUUGAGGUCACACUCGCCAAGCCAGUUGACAAAGAGCAGUACUCUCGCCAGAAGGCAUCAAAGGGGGUUUCUGCUACUCCGGAAGCUCCACAGCAAAACUACGUCUACCAGUGUGACCCUUACACAUUGGCCUACUAUGGUUAUCCCUACAACCCACUCAUCGGACCGAACAGGGACUACUUUGUGAAAGGAACCUCAUUGAUACAGAACAAUGCAGGUACUGUGCGAGGUCGUGGUCGCGCCGCCACGGGUAACCGUACCCCUGGUCCUCGGGGGUCAUACCUGGGGGGUUACUCUGCCGGUCGUGGCAUCUACAGCCGCUACCAUGAGGGUAAGACCAAGCUGCCCGAAAAGUCCUAUGAACUGAUGCCCAGUCUGGAGCUUGCUGCCUCCGUCAACCCAGUUGCCAUCAAACCAGGCACAAUGGCAUUGCCAACUCUGGCCGGGCAGUACCCAGUGUUCAGUGCGGCCCCCGCGGCCAAGCUAAUGGAGGAGGGCAAGGUGCACGCAGUGGAGCACCUUAUUAACCCUCUGGCCAUGCAACACCCUGAACACACCUCGGCUCCUGCCGCCGCCGCCACAGUUCUGCCGGUCUCCACUCCUCCACCUUUUCAGGGUCGUCCGAUCACUCCCAUCUAUGCCAUGGCCCACAAUGUCCCGCGCAUCCAAGCAGCCGGCGGCCUGUACGGUGCCGGAUAUGUCCCAUUCACAAACUAUGCGGCCAACACAGCUGCCCUGGCUGCCCUGCAGAAGAACGCGGCCGUUGCGGCUGCAGCAUACGGAGGCUACGCCGGCUACGCCGUGCCGCAGGCCUUCCCGGCCAUGGCCUUUCAGCUGCCCAUCCACGAUGUCUACCAGUAUUGAGAUGCGGUGGCUCGGCCUGCUUGAAGUAAACACGAGCGUUAUUCUGCCUGUGACUGAUCCACCCCUGUAACUUCUCAACAGCGGGCAUUAAGAGUAAACACCUUUGGAUUCGGAGAACCAUUGAGCACACCCAAAGUGGCAGUGACGCUUGAAGAAACGAGUAUGAGCACACGCGGUGGAACAGCGCACCCCACGUAUGAGCCUACGUUUAACCUGAAACAAAGGCAACUUCAUGGCACAAUUUUCGAUGCAAAUUUUAUGAGGCGAACUGCCGUUGGAGGAAGUUGACUUCGGUGCGGGGACGGCCUCGUCUCAACUGUGAGCAAAAUUAACAAAACAACGCCAUCUUGUCAAUGACCCACGGCCUCGUCACCAGGUUGCUAUAGCAACAAAAACCUGAAGGUACAUUCAAGUAUUUAUGAAGAGAUGACAUAUUUAAGGUUCUAUACCGUAGGUUUAGCUUUGUAUUUUAGGGGGUAAAGAUACCUUUAGAAGUACAAGUGGGGGAAAAAAAGUUCAGAACUACUGACACGAGAGGAUACCACUGAAGCCAACUGUUUUGCAUAUACUAAUGAAUGUCGUAGUAUUUUUUUUCCAACUACUAUAUUUUAGUUGGGUUUUUUUUUGUUUUGUUUUGUUUUGUUUUUCCUUGUCAAGUGCUGUAGGUGUUGCUGUCCGUCCAGGCAGAUUGAAUGUUUAUGCUUCAAACAUACAUGCCUGCUUGGUACUUAUUUGGCUCAUUUAGCUGUGUUUAUGUUGUUGCGGUUCUUUUUAAAUGAAGGUUUUCAAGCGGUGUGUUCAAUGGCUUAUAACUAGUUUGCUCGUUUCGGUGUCGCUGCUUUAACUAUUUGAACACACUUCUUGGUUUAUUUGAAGAAAUGUCCCCAGUUGAAUGUGUGUGCGUGGGUUUUUUUUUUUUUUGGACAGAUAGAAAGCAAACAUAACAGCAUUUUUAAUAUAUGAAAAAUGGUGACAUCACAUAUAUUGUAUGUUUUUUUCUCACUGGGGACUAUGACUGAAUGUGUCUCAUUUAUAUCGUCUUUUUAGAAUUCAUUUUUGACUCGUGAAAGGUGAACAAAAAUGCAAAUACAUUUGAGGCCUUUUCUAUAUGAACAUUAGUGGCUACAUGCUAACUAAGCUUACAUAUACUGCAGUCUGAGGAUAUUAAAAAAAGGCCUCACCACGGUGCCUUACACAUACUUUUUAUGCCACCCUGGUCUGUUUUUUGUUUUUUUGAAAUCUUCCACCGUGCCUUUCAUAAUAAAGUCUGAAGUGGAAAGAUUCUUGAAUGGUUCUGGACUUAGGAUGACUCACAAGUCCAGUGAAUUUGUGGUGUUGCAGUAUUGGGGUAACGUGACAAGGCUACCUCCUCCAUAUAACAACAUUCGCUUCAUUCCUUUACCCUCCUUCAAACUAUGGAGACAGAUGAGGAGAUGCACUCGGGCUACUUGACUGUUGCAUUGUCAAUCAUCAGUCACACACUAAAAAAAGUUGUUUUUGAGCAGAUUGGGUUGCUUUUACCAAAGGCUAUGUUCAUUACUUUGACCUUUUGUAGAUUUAGCUGAUUAGUAUGGAUAGUUUUUGCAUCUUGUUGGAUCAAAACCUCGACCCAACUUGCUAGGUAAAAUCCUCAACUGAAUAAAUAACCCAUCAUUGGCUGAGUCCCUUUUGGACCCAGUGCUGGGUUAGCUACGUCACCCACUUUGGGUUACUUUUGACCGUGCAGUUUCAAGAGUGUAGAAUCAGUCCUCUGUGGUUACACUCAUGAAUGUUUUAAUAGGCACUUGUAAAAAGAAACUCUACACAUGUGAUCUCAGACUGGAAACAACUGGAGCAAUACCCGACCUGGUGCUGAGACAAUAGUCAUUUUUAUGGGAGUGCAUUAUUUUAACUGUUUAUUAUUGUUCUUAUUAUUCUGAAGGAGAUCCUAUCAGUCUAAGUCAGGGUUCCCCCACACUUUUUCAGCUCAUGGCUCAAGUUAUGAAAUUUGCUCCACCUCAGGAUCAUAAACUUACCAAAACAUUACCUGUAAUGCCAAUGAUUCAAAUCUACAUCCAUGCAUGACAGAACAGGAGACACAAAAGAAAUAAAUGAAAACAAGUUUGUUUAGUCCAACUCACCAUUUUAAAUGUCCACAACUGGUGACAACUACUUUUAUUUUUCUUGUAUGAUGACAAAUCAUCAGGAUAUAUGUAAUUAAUAUAUGCAUUAUACAUGCGUUGGGUAUGAAGUGAGAAGAAAAGGUCUAAUAUAUUUGAUAACUUUAUUAACAUUGUUUAGAGAUUUUUCAAAAGUCGAAGUAACAAAAGUAGAUUUUUUUUUCCUGCCAAAGUGUCCAACAGUUGAAAGAAUUCACGUUAUUGUAUUUUGUUCUUUUCUUAUUCUUGUUUUUAUUUACUAUUUGGAACUGGAUUAUGUUUUGAGUGGGUCUUUAAGCUCCAAGAUGACAACUUUGCAGUGCUCUUUACCUAAACUGGAGUCCGGUCUUGGCCAAGCUAUAAAAACAAGUAUGCUCCAACCGGCAUUAAAAACAUGUUUGUGCGUUUGACAAAGGUCACUUCCUACUUGUGGCUCACUCCAAACUGCUGCUUUUCUUUCAUUUGCUUGCAUUUCACCCACAUAACAAACACUGAUCAUUGGUGUGGAGCUACACAGAAGCCUAGUUUAACCGUAGGUGUCACAAUACAAACUCUUCGUAUGUGCCUUAUUGCCAACAAGUGCUUUACCUUUGUAGACCUAUGAAGACUGACUUCUAUCAGAGGGGUUGCAUUAAAAAUACAUUUUUUCUGCCUUGUUAUAUUUAUAGUAAGAAAUAGAUAAAUAAAAGCAUUUCCAAAAUCA